UAUCAAUUGACAGUGACAAAUUGUGACAGUCAACAAUCGUGUUAAACUUUUUAAAUUUGUUUACAUAUUAAAAUAUAAAUAAUUCUUCUUAAAUCUUCCCAAUAAACCAUCAAAAUGGGGAAAGGCUUCAACAAUUAUAUGUGUAAAAAGUUCUUCCAUCCAGCGUCUCGAGAUAAUUUGAAACGAGUAUGGAUGGCAGAACAGAAAGCCGACGCGGAGAAGAAACGUCAGGAGGAACUACGCCAGCAAUAUGAAAAGGAACAGGAUUUGCACGAUAACAAAGCUAUGCUCAGUAAAGAGAGCAAGGACAAGCUGAGUAUAAAUUUCAUGUAUGAGCCCCCACCGGGCGCCAAAAAGGAGCGCGAGCGUGAGGACAAUGAACCAGAGUACAAAUUUGAGUGGCAGAGAAAAUACAAUGCCCCUCGUGAAAGUUAUUGUAAAGGUGAUCAAGAAAUCAGGGAUCAGCCUUUUGGUAUUCAAGUAAGGAAUGUUAGAUGUAUUAAGUGCCACAAGUGGGGUCAUAUAAACACAGACAAGGAAUGUCCCAUGUAUAGUUUAUCUAUGAGUGCUGCAAGGUCUUUGGAGAACUCGACUGUUUUGGAUCAAAACUCUUUGGUAGCACAAAUGUUGGAAGAUGGUUUGGCUAUCAAGAAGAAACAUUUAAGUACUAGUGAGGUGAAUAAGGAUAUGUUGUUGCAUGCAGAUGAGAAUGAAAAUGCUGAGGUGUCAUUUAUUAUGUCACUUAGUAAGAAACAGAAAAAAUUACUGUUGAAGAAACUAGAGAAGAUUGAAAAAGAAUUACAAAAUGGCAAAACUAAGAAAAAGUUUGAAAGUGAAAGUGAACACUCUUCAGAUGAUGAGAAACCAAGAAAAAAACGAAAGUAUAAUCAUAAACAAGAAUCAGAUAAUUCUGAUGAUGACAGUUCUAGAAGGAAUUACAGCAGCAAAAAGAACCACAAGAAAAAUAGCAGGCAUGAUAAAAAGUAUGACUCAGACAGUUCUGAUGAUGACAAAAGGCACAAGAAGUACAAUGGCCAUGACAGAGGACAUUACAAAAACUCUAGGAAUAGAGAAGAAUCAUCUUAUAAAGACAGGAAGUACAAGAGAAGGUCCAGCAGUCCUGAAGAUAGAAACUCUAGAAGGAGAAGAUAAUUUAUUUAAUAUAUUAUUUUAUAAGGCAAACUGUUUAAUCUAGAAAAUAAGACUAUUAAACCUUAAUAAACACAUAUUUAGUAAAAAAAUGGAUUAUUAUUCACUUAAACUUGUAAUCAAAGGGAAA